GUUUGCAGCAGAAUUUAGUUCCAGCAUGUUGCCAAAUGUGUAGAGCCCUGGGAUGGAUCUUAAAAACCAUGGAUCUACCUGCUCGGUCUGGACAUUGAAAAUUCUACAGCACCUUUGCCAAGAGUUGUGCUUUUCCUCAAUGGCUUUGGCCAUAAUUUCUCCUGCCAUAAUUAGUGUGCAUAUGCUGUAGGCUGGAUGGUUGCAGCUUUCCACUCCACAGGCAGCUGCAUCUCAAUGCUUUUGCAUAUACAAGAUGCACAGUGCUUGAGAAUGCCAGGAACCGGAGUAUAGAAAUAUUGAAUGUUCCCUGGGAAGACAAGAUGUUUUCUUUCUUAUGUAUAUGCUACAUUGAUACUAUGUAACAAGGAGGACAAUAGAAGAAAUGGCUUCAGGGGAGGGUGAUGCACAAAGAACAUUCUCUCUCAAGCUGUGACACUCAGCUCUCAUCCCCUAAUGCCCCUACUCUACUUGGCUACAUUGAUGAUAUCUUCAUCAUCUGGACCCAUGGAAAAGAAGCCCUUGAGGAAUUCCACCAUGAUUUCAACAAUUUCCAUCCCACCAUCAACCUCAGCCUGGACCAGUCCACACAAGAGAUCCACUUCCUGGACACUACGGUGCUAAUAAGCAAUGGUCAUAUAAACACCACCCUAUACCAGAAACCUACUGAUCGCUAUACUUACCUACAUGCCUCCAGCUUUCAUCCAGACCACACCACACGAUCCAUUGUCUACAGCCAAGCUCUACGAUACCACCGCAUUUGCUCCAACCCCUCAGACAGAGACAAACACCUACAAGAUCUCUAUCAAGGAUUCUUACAACUACAAUACCCACCAGCUGAAAUGACGAAACAGACUGAAAGAGCCAGAAGAGUAUCCAGAAGUUACCUACUACAGCACAGGCCCAACAAAGAAAAUAACAGAACGCCACUAGCCGUCACCUUCAGCCCCCAGCUAAAACCUCUUCAACGCAUCAUCAAGGAUCUACAACCUAUCCUGAAGGACGACCCAACACUCUCUGAGAUCUUGGGAGACAGGCCAGUCCUCGCUUACAGACAGCCCCGCAACCUGAAGCAAAUACUCACCAGCAACCACACACCACACAACAAAACACUAACCCAGGAACCUAUCCUUGCAACAAAGCCCAUUGCCACCUGUGUUCACAUAUCUAUUCAGGGGACACCAUCAAAGGGCCUAAUCACAUCAGCCACACUAUUAGAGACUCGUUCACCUGCACAUCUACCAAUGUGAUAUAAGCCAUCAUGUGCUAGCAAUGCCCCUCUGCCAUGUACAUUGGCCAAACUGGACAGUCUCUACGUAAAAGAAUAAAUGGACACAAAUCAGACGUCAAGAAUUAUAACAUUCAAAAACCAGUGGGAGAACACUUCAAUCUCUCUGGUCACUCAAUUACAGACCUAAAAGUGGCAAUUCUUCAACAAAAAAACUUCAAAAGCAGACUCCAAUGAGAGACUGCUGAAUUGGAAUUAAUUUGCAAACUGGACACCAUUAAAUUAGGCUUGAAUAAAGACUGGGAGUGGAUGUGUCAUUACACAAAGUAAAACUAUUUCCCCAUGUUUAUGCCCUCCCCCCGCCCCCAACUGUUCCUCACACGUUCUUGUCAACUGCUGGAAAUGGCCACCCUGAUUAUCACUACAAAAGAUUUUUUUUCUCUCCUGCUGGUAAUAGCUCACCUUACCUGAUCACUCUCAUUACAGUGUGUACAGUAACACCCAUUAUUUCAUGUUCUCUGUGUAUAUAAAAUCUCCCCCCUGUAUUUUCUGCUGCACGCAUCCGAUGAAGUGAGCUGUAGCUAAUGAAAGCUUAUGCUCAAAUAAAUUUGUUAGUCUCUAAGUUGCUAACAAGUACUCCUUUUCUUUUUACUGUAUUACAGGUAUAACUACAUCCACAUUGGGGUGGGGGCGUUUGGGUUGUUUUUUUGGGGUGGGGGUUAUUGUCACUUUUACUAUACAAGUAUACAAGCCUUGUGUGUUUGUACCACGCUUAGCUCAAUUGGACCCCAAUCUCAAUUGUGGCCUGUAGAUGCUAAUGUAAUAUUAAUUUUCAGAUCCUUGGAUGAAAGGCACCAUAUGCAGUGUGUUAUUAGUGUGUAACUAUUUACACCCACACUACCUAGUGUUGUCUCAACUGAUCUCCCAAGCUAAAGAAAGAAAAGCUAGCUCAGUAUUCAUAUGAGAGACCGCCAAGCAACAGAAACUGAGGCCAGGCCUACUCUACAAACUUUUGCUGGAAUAUCCAUGUCAGUUAGGCAUGAUUUGAGACCAGUAUAGCUGUGCCAGCUGUAUAGCUUACUUCGCUUGAGAUGGGGCUGGAAAAAUGGAUGCCAGUUCAAGCACAGUUACACUGACGUAAGAUUCGUACACAAUAGGAGCGCUUUGCUGGUUUAUCAGAAAAGCUUUUCUAAUUUAGAUUUGGCCUGGGAUGUUGCAGGAAGUGAUGAGGUGGUCAUAGUUGAGGUGAGAUGAGGUUCUCUGGCCUGCAAUGUGCAGGAGGUCUAUGAGAAUAGACUAUGGUAUGUGCAUAGGCGCCAACUUCUCCUGGUGCCAGUGGGCGCUCGCGCGCCCUCCCCCCACCCCUAUUGGAAUCCUCCCCCAAAUACCCGCCCCAGCCCCGCCUCCUCCCCUGAGGACGCCGUGUUCCCGCUCCUCCCCCCUCCCUCCCACAGCUUGUUAUGCUGUGAAACAGCUGUUUCGCAGCGACAAGCGCUGGGAGGAGAAGCGGGGACGCGGUGUGCUCUGGGGAGGAGGCAGAGGCAGAGGGAGGAAGUGAGGUGGGGCAGCAGGGUGGAGCGGGGAGGGGAGCUUGGCCAUCUGUGGGUGCAGCACCCACCUAUUUUUUCUCACCGAUUUCCAGUCCCGGAGCACCCACAGUGUCGGUGCCUAUGGGUAUAUGUGUAUUAUUGGGAGUGCUGUCUUUUAGAUGAAACAUAAAACCUGUAAAAAGAAAAGCAGUACUUUUGGCACCUUAGAGACUCUAGUAGGUGGAGGGAUAGCUCAGUGGUUUGAGCAUUAGCCUGCUAAACCCAGCGCUGUGAGUUCAAUCCUUGAGGGGGCGAUUUAGGGAUCUGGGAAAAAAUUGGGGAUUGAUCCUGCUUUGAGCAGGGGGUUGGACUAAAUGACCUCCUGAGGUCCCUUCCAAUCCUGAUAGUCUACGAUUUCCCUGAAUUUCAAUUUCAAUCUGAUAUUACAGCAUCCUUAUUCACUUUAUCUCCUAAACUAUAUAUCUGUGCCAUUAGAGAGCCUAAAUGCUCCCUGUGUAUAGUUUGUAUAUUGAUUAGUAAAGCACUUUGGGAUGCUUUAGGAUGAAAGGGACUGUAUGUGAAUUGAAUUUAUUGCACCUUUGAAGGUGAUUAGUGCGGCUCAUGCUGGAAGAAUACAAUUUUUGAUCUAUAGUCUGGUGUAUUUUAUUUAUUUUUUAUUUAGUCAUCUAAAUUGCUAACUGCCAUCAGUUUAGAAGAAUCUACCCUAAAACAUAUGUGUGCGUUGGGGGCAGAAGAGGCAAUGUGUGAUGGUGGACAGCCAGAAGAUUAGCUGGAAGGGUUUGUUGGGAACUUGUGAGAGGUAGUGUAUGUGUAUGUGUACUUUUGGAUUGUUGUACUUUGGUGUACUUAUGUAUACUUUUGGAUUGUUGUACAACUGGUUGAUCAGCAUGUACCAUCUGUCUGGAAGAAUUUAUAUAGGUAAUGCUGUCUUGUUUUACCAUACAGCUUUAAAAUACUGAAAUGACUGUUGCCUGGAAAGCAUAUUGGGAUCACAAUGCGUACUCCAUCAUGACUCCUACAAUCAUUCUGUAAAAUACUUUUGUGACAUUACUCUGAAAUUCAGAUGAGCUGGCAUAUGGAAUAAAGGUUUACCACCAUGCCUGGACAAGGGAAUACGUGGAUUUUUACACUGAUUUUGCAAUUCUGGCUUACUCUUCAGGCAAUAUGUCAUCAGGUGAUAUACUAAUCCAAACAAAUAAAAAUCAUCUAAUUAAAAUCCAACAAAAAGGGAUCUAUAAAAGGCUACAA